CAGCCGGCUCUCUUGCUAACCAGGGGCACCUUAGAGAUGGAAGACUGUUUAUUGAAGAAAAUAGAAAUCAGUGUCUCGGAAGCAGAAAAACGGACUGGAAGAAAUGCCGUGAACAUGCAAGAAACCUACACUGCUUACCUCAUUGAGACAAGGGCAGUUGAGUCCCAGACUGAGGGACAGUGUUCCCCAGUAGACUCCCUUUGGAGACGGUACAGUGAAUUUGAGUUGCUGAGGAAUUACUUGUUGGUUACCUUUCCCCAUAUUGUGGUCCCACCUUUACCAGAAAAAAGGGCUGAAUUUGUUUGGCAUAAGUUAUCAGCUGAUAAUAUGGAUCCAGACUUUGUGGAAAGACGAAGAAUUGGAUUGGAAAACUUUCUAUUGCGGGUGGCUUCGCAUCCCAUUCUUUGCCAGGACAAAAUAUUUUAUUCAUUUUUAACACAGGAAGGUGGCUGGAAGGAAAUGGUGAAUGAAACUGGAUUUCAGUUGAAGGCAGACUCCAGGUUAAAAGCUCUUAGUGCAACUUUCAGAGUGAAAAACCCAGACAAGAGAUUUACUGAGCUAAAACACUACAGUGAUGAACUGCAGUCUGUCAUAUCACACCUUCUGCGAGUCAGAGCUAGAGUGGCAGACCGUCUAUAUGGUGUGUACAAAGUUCAUGGGAAUUAUGGGAGAGUGUUCAGUGAAUGGAGUGCAAUAGAGAGGGAGAUGGGGGAUGGGCUGCAGAGCGCUGGCCAUCACAUGGAUGUAUAUUCUUCUUCUAUUGAUGACAUAUUAGAAGAGGAAGAGCAUUAUGCUGAUCAACUAAAGGAAUAUCUCUUCUAUGCUGAAGCAUUGCGGGCGGUUUGUAGGAAACACGAGCUAAUGCAGUAUGACUUGGAAAUGGCUGCUCAGGACUUAACAUCUAAGAAACAGCAGUGUGAAGAGUUGGCGACAGGAACUGUAAGAACCUUCUCGCUAAAGGGAAUGACCAGCAAGCUAUUUGGUCAGGAGACUCCUGAACAAAGAGAGGCCAAGAUAAAGGUUCUAGAAGAACAGAUACAUGAAGGCGAAGAGCAACUAAAAUCUAAAAAUCUGGAGGGCAGAGACUUUGUGAAAACUGCCUGGGCAGACAUUGAGCGAUUCAAAGAGCAGAAGAACCGGGACUUGAAAGAGGCUCUCAUAAGCUACGCUGUAAUGCAAAUUAGCAUGUGCAAAAAGGGAAUUCAAGUUUGGACAAAUGCAAAAGAAUGCUUCAGCAAGAUGUGAUUAUCCAGACAGUAAUUCCUCCUCAACAAAGUGCCAGACAACAGAAGCACAAGUGCAUGCCACCAAUACUAGGUUGCUAUAUGAUCUACAUAUAAAUUGUGAAAUAAUUGAAUUGAGUGGAUUGUUUUCUUUAUGCUGAUUUGUAGUGGUGUUAAUAGAGGACAACAGGAAAUGUUCCCAAAAUGGCUUUUUUUUUUUUUUUGGCCCCAACAGCCACUUCUGUGGUAUGUUUUACUGGUCACCAAUACUGUAGGGGCAAAAGGGUUAAUGAAAACUGCAACCCUGCAUUGGGGCACAGACUUAGGAAGAGUCCAAGUAACCCAAAAAAGCAUGAACUGAACUGUUCUCUGUAUGAGACUUGUGAACCACCACAUUUGGUAUUAUGUAGAUCACUUCCAGAUGCCCUUUUCUUCAGCCCUUUCUGUUUAGGAUUUGCAGUGCUCUGGGGUGUGGGGUUUUUUCCUUGUUAAUAGCACAGAAUUGUGUUUUUGAGGUUUACAUUAUAAGAGGACAAAAAUAAAAUCCAUGCUUUAGGGUUCAUUUUAAAUGUCUUUUUGCAUGUCCAUGGAGAUAUGUGCAUUUCCAAAGUUCUGUUUAAACUGUCUCAAGCUUCUGAGAUUUUUUUCAUACCCUCUACAGUAGAGGUAUUUGUACCAAGGUUCUAUACAGUGCUCUCCACUUACUGUUUCCCACUAGUAUUUUAAUGCAGAGAUUGAUUGUCAUCUCAUUUUACUAGCCAAGGAGACUAACAACCCAGGUGAGCCACAGGACCAAAUUCAACUUGGGAUAAGCAGGUGCUACUCCAGCAAACUUCACCUGCUUAGACCACAUGUGCAUAUGACCAAUAGAAGCUCUUCAUAUCCAAAGCUGUUGUUUUCUUCCUUAAGAAGACGUUGUACUUAAAACAAUUUGGCUUUCAUCUUGACUUCAAAACAGAAUGUCUUGCAGAAUAUCAGAAAAAAACUCCAUCCUUUUUGCUUGGCUCUUGUAACACUGUUCCAGUACUCGUGCUGUAUGAUGACUUGCAUUUACAGGUACUUGUGAUACCAUGGUUCUUUAUAGUGUAGGUGCUUUAAAAAGGGAAAUUUAAUAACUUUUAAUCUAUUAAACCAAAUUAUUUGCCUUUGUGGUACAGUAUUCAAGAGCCAGUCCUCUUUAGUUCUUUCUAGCUUGGCAAAAUCUUGAAAUUAUUCUGUUUCUAAUUGUGUAAAAAAAACAAAACACUACUGUCCAAAGUUGGACUUCUCUACACAUUUCAAAAAAUUUGUUGAAUUUGCCAGACCUAAUUAUGACUAAAGCUUUUCUGUAAUUUUCAGUUGUCAUAUAUGGUUUAAUUACCUUAGACCAUAAAUAACACUGUUUAUCAAAUGCUGACAUAUGAUGCGCCAGAAAAUCAUCAACGUUUAUUCUAAAAUAGCCCUUGAAUAAAGGUAUUCAUAUAGGCUUCUUUCUGCUGCAGUGUUUCAGCUGAUUAAAACCAGUUGUGAAAGGAAUUAAAACAUUAACAGACCUAGUGUAUGUUCAGAUGUGAAUUUUUAAUGGUAAAACAGCUGGUUAUGUAAGAAGUCCAACAUUACCUUUUUUCUAAGCAGGUGGUAGUGACACGCAUCUGCUGAGGGAUUUUUCUUCUUCUGUCUAUUAAAGUUUAUAAAAAUCAUUCCACCCUGAGAACUAGGGUAUCUAGGUCCAAACAUCAAGUAUAAAUGCAGGAUUUCUACAUUCCAAAAAUGACAAGUUGCACACUUUGAGUAUUUGGUAAGCAUUUGGAAGUAGUGGUGCCUUAAUUCAGUAUCACAGGCAUUCAGUCAAUACUUUCCAUGCACUUUGAUUUCAGUUGAUAGAUUUUUUUUUUUUUUUUUUUUUUUCUGGUGCCUCUUCUGUAUUUCACACUGUACAGCUUACUCGAUGUAUUAGUAUGCCUUUUUUUCUUGCUAGUCGUACUAAAUUUGAGAAGGGAACAAAAGUGUUCUUGUAAGCUUUGUGCCAAAUAUGCAAAAUAAAACUGCUCUUUGA